GCCACGGGCGCGCGCAUGGCCUCUGCGGGCGCGCGGAGGCUCCGGGCGCCGACGCGCGCGGCCGCCCGGAGCUGCGGCGGCUUCUCGCUCCGCCCGGGCGCGCGCGCGGCCCCGCCCCCGCCCCCGGGCCCGCCGCGGCCAAUGAGGUUUCUGAUCUCCUGUAACCUCUUCUUGCCCCGCGCUGCCCAGGUCUUGGCGGCUGAGGCUGGCCUACCUCCUUGUAGAUCCUUUAUGGGCUUUGCUGCCCCCUUCACCAACAAGCGGAAGGCUUACUCGGAGCGUAGGAUCAUGGGGUACUCGAUGCAGGAGAUGUUUGAGGUGGUAUCCAACGUCCAGGAGUAUCGAGAGUUUGUGCCGUGGUGUAAAAAGUCACUGGUUGUAUCCAGCCGCAAGGGUCACCUGAAAGCCCAGCUGGAGGUUGGGUUUCCACCUGUCUUGGAACGUUAUACCUCUGCAGUCUCCAUGGUCAAACCGCACAUGGUCAAGGCUGUUUGCACUGAUGGCAAGCUUUUCAACCACUUGGAGACUAUUUGGCGAUUCAGCCCUGGUAUCCCUGCCUACCCCCGAACCUGCACUGUAGACUUCUCGAUUUCCUUUGAAUUUCGUUCUCUGCUGCACUCCCAGCUGGCGACCAUGUUUUUUGAUGAGGUUGUCAAACAGAAUGUAGCUGCCUUUGAGCGCCGAGCAGCCACCAAGUUUGGUCCAGAGACAGCCAUCCCCCGUGAGCUGAUGUUCCAUGAAGUGCACCAGACUUGAGACAGGGCAGCCCCAUGCCUCCACCCCUCCCCACCCACUUAUUUAUUUGGUUUGGCUCUUGCUCAGAGAGGUCUGAGUUUCACCUCUCUAUUCUUUCUUCCUAACUAACCCUGGCUGCAUGCUGGCUGGAUGCGUGGGAAAAUAUAGCAGAUAUGGAAGUGAGAUGCACGGGAAAAUGUCAGGAGCUCUGAAAGCCUCACCCGGCAAGGGCCGGUACACACCCAAUACAAACCAGGGCUGUCGUUGUCCCUGGGCCAGGGCAAGAAACCUUAAUACCCAGUCAGGCGAAUCUAGCAACUUCCUCACAGAGGUAUUGGCAGGGUAACUUUUACCCUGCUAAGAUUUCUCAGGAGGAAAGAAAGGCAGCCUGCCUCAGUUUAGGAACUGUCCAUGGAGUCUGACAGGAGAGGAGCUGCUUCACCAUGGGUGACAAUGGGUGACACAGAGCAAAGGAGGAAUCCCUUAAGAGCGCCGUCUACACUCUUGGAUAUACCUUCCUCUUCCAUGUGGCCUGAGUUUUUAUAAAACGUCAAUAAAUUGUGGCAGUGUGAA